UUUGCUUGAUUCCGAGACCAACUGUCACUCGAGUUCUGUGCACUUUGCCUGCUGGACGUGUCCACAGUUCUCGGGAGAGAGAGCCAUUCUCCAAGGACACCUAUUAUCUGCUUCUUGCCAGGAGUCAGCAAGUACAUUCGCUGCCCCUUCGAGGGGGAGUAGCCCAUUUUCCGUUUCUUGUUCAAUUUCCUUAAUGACUAAAUGGCCAAACGUGUGGAUACAGCCUUUUCCAUUCAGUUAUGAGGCUCCCACAGACAUCACUGCAACACUUAUGGCAUCCAGUUAGACGGUUCUAUCCUGUAGCAAGAUGGCCUUGAGAGCAGUCUUCUAAGCACCGCUUGCCCUUUCCAAUCAUGCUGUGCCUUCAACAAUUCCUGUUAUGGCUCCUGACAGUGGGCACCAGACCAGGUAGCACUCUGAACCCUAAGGAAAAGAGUCCUCAGCGUCCCUCCUCAGAUAGCUUGGAUGAUUGCCCCGCUCCUGCAAGCAUAACUGCCAGGUGAGGGAGCUCGGGAUUGGCUCCUGCCGGACUGAGGAAAGCCACUCUCGAGCUUUGCUUGAUUCCGAGACCAACUGUCACUCGAGUUCUGUGCACUUUGCCUGCUGGACGUGUCCACAGUUCUUGGGAGAGAGAGCUGUUUUCCGAGGAUACCUAUUAUCUGCAGGUUUCUAGCCUCCAUGACCUGGGACACCCUUCAGUGUCCCCCAACCGAAUAUUUAUACCCUACCCCAAUGGGGGAAGCACUUGCAGGCGUCCUAGCCUCCACCGCCUGGGACUCCAUUCAGUGUCCCCCAUCCAGAUUCUAACACCCUAUCCCAAUGCGGGAAGCACAUGACCAGCAGAGACCUGAGGGACUUUGUUCCUCUGGGGCUCCUUAGACCAACUUGGCCUGAGUUCAGGUGCCCAAAGCCCUGUGAUGACCAGCGAUUCAAAAAACCUGAUGCUCAUGUUACAGAAAAGCUACAGAAACUCAAAGCUCGUAUAAAGGCUUCAGCCAAUAAGAGGACCCUGGGCCCUCUGAGGGAUCUGAAAGAGAAAAAGAAAUGGACAGUUCCACUUCCUCUGAGGGUUUCUGAGGGCAUGAGUAACCCACUAACCAGGGAUACCAGACCAUCUGUUUUACAGCCUGCCACCAGAAAAAAGAGUGGCCUCAACUUCGGUGCCUAUACCUGGGAAGAUGAAAAGAAGCCGUCCUAUGUCUACUGGGUUUGAAGAACCUAUGGAUGUUGACCAGUUAGGCACUAGAGUGCCUGGAACAUCUAGAAAACACUGUACUAGAGAUGCCAGUGAAAAUUUCAAAGAUCACCACACAGUGCCUGGGACAUCUUCUGCUAACUCUUCUGUUGGACAAUGUUGACAGAUGUUCUGGAACAAACCAAACGUUUCCAAGAGUCUAUGGGACAUUCCACAUCUGCCCAGGAAUCCGGAAGACCUCCCACUUGUCCUGAAUGGAAAAUCAUUCCUGUCUCCUCUUUCAGAAGGAGUUUCAAAAGUUUCUCCCCUACUGUACAUGUCUCUAAUCUUUCCAAUUCUCCUCCAAAGCAUGUUGGACAAGAUCCCUCUGGUCAAGGGGACGUACAGCAGUGCCCAUCAGACAAAGAGGGCCCCAAACCUUCAUCUCCCAGAUGUAAGCUCAGUGAUGUCUCAUUUCCCCCAAAUGUAUCAAGUCCUACCACGUCUCCCCAGGAGAGUUCAACAUGGUUGACAGCUGCCAAAGCAAGGCAGAGAGCCAAGUCCUCUCAGAAAGAAAGCCAAAGAUGUACCCCUUCUCCACCAAAGGGCCCGAUGCAAUCUGCUUCUAGUAAAGUUCAGGCUUCUGAGGUCUGCGAUUUAAAAUGCCAUCAUGAAGAUCUGAUCAAGAUCCUGUGCCAGGGAAUAAAGAUCUUCUUACUUCUCCACUCGAGUUCUACAACUUUUAAAAUAAAGGAUUCCAGCAGUCAAGUUCAAAAGUGGCAGAAUAGCAAACAGGAAUCAGCAGCAGUGGCACCAUCCUGCAGGAACCACCAAGUCUGUGCUGAAUUUUCAGGAGUCAGUGGGAGCAUCCUGGACCAGCAGGGGCAGCAGGGAAGUUCUCACCCAUCCUCUCUCAAUGAACUGAAGAUCAGCAAAGAUGAAAAUGCAAGACGAACAAAGCAUUACAAAGCUAUCUAUGCAAGCAUGCCAUCACUGUCUGGCAGCAGAAGGAGGAGACUGUGCCACACUGGAUGUCACUUGAACAUAGGAGACCUUGAAGCCACCUCUACAGUGACACACUUCCUCCAACAAGGCCAUACUUCCUAAUAGUGCUACUCCCUAUUGGGCAAACAUUCAUUCAAGCAUAUAAAUAAGUCUAUGGGGACCAUUCCUAUUCAAACCACCACACUCCACACUCCUCUUUCUCUUUUCAUAAACAUGACCAUGAGAAGUCACUUUUUAUUUUCACUCUUUGUGUGUACUUUCUCACAGAAUGCGAUGUUAACCACAUCAUUAUAUCCAUGCCAUUAAAUAGUAUUUAUUAUAGUAUCUAUAUAUGUAAUAUUAGAACAAAGUAAUAGUAUUAAUAUUUAUGCAUUAAAAUAGUUCAGUAUA